CCAUGGUUAAACACUAUGUGACAAAAAACAAUAUUUGCAGCUCACUGUUUUUCCUUCUUGCUUUCAUCACAGGCACAUUUGCACCAUUUCCAGACCUAUUCUCCUCCUGCCUUUUUAGUGUGAGAGAGAGAAUAGGGGAAUCUUUACCGACACCAUUACUUUGAGGGCCGUUUUGUGAUUUUAGCUCACUAACGAAAUUAGCAUUUGCAGAAAAAGUAGAUGACGAAAAAUGUUUUCUUGAUGGUAUUGUAGUGAGUGGUAGAAGAUGGGAAUCUGAUCUGAGCUGCUUUCAGUGGGAAUCUUGGAUGAUUUUUUAAGGCCACUUUCUUGCGAGAGCUUGAUUUCUUCAUCAGUUACAAAGAGUUCUGUGUUUGCCGAGAUACAAUUCUUUAAAUAAUGGUUUCGAGGUCUUAUUCCAACUUAUUGGAUCUUACUUCUGGUGGAUCAUCACCUACCUUUAGCCGUGGGUUCAAGAAGCUAUCUCGUGUUGCAACUGUAGCUGGGGUGUUAUCUGAGCUAGACGAUGAAAGUAGAAGUAAUGGUGGGUCUGAUGCUCCCUCCUCUAUUGCACAAGAGCGUAUGAUUAUUGUUGGGAAUCAGCUCCCACUUCGUGCUCAAAGGAACGAGUCAGAUGGUAAGAAAGGGUGGAGCUUCAGUUGGGAUGAGGAUUCUCUUCUCUUACAACUGAAAGAUGGACUUGGUGAAGAUGUGGAGGUAAUAUAUGUUGGUUCUCUUAAAGAGGAAAUCGGAUUAAGUGAACAAGAUGAUGUAGCCCAAACGUUGCUCGAGAACUUCAACUGUGUCCCUGCUUUCAUUCAGCCAGAGCUCUUCAGUAAAUUCUACCAUGGCUUUUGUAAACAGUACUUGUGGCCUUUGUUUCACUAUAUGCUUCCUCUAUCUCCGGAUCUUGGUGGCAGGUUUGAUCGUACACUGUGGCAAGCUUAUCUCUCUGUAAACAAAAUAUUUGCUGAUAAAGUGAUGGAAGUGAUCACUCCCGAUGAUGACUUUGUGUGGGUUCAUGAUUACCAUUUGAUGGUGUUACCAACAUUUUUGAGAAAGAGAUUUAACAGGGUGAAACUUGGGUUUUUCCUGCAUAGUCCAUUUCCAUCAUCAGAGAUAUAUCGAACUCUACCUGUAAGGACUGAACUCCUACGGGCACUCUUGAACUCGGACCUUAUUGGCUUCCAUACGUUUGAUUAUGCAAGACAUUUUCUGUCUUGUUGUAGCAGAAUGCUGGGGGUUUCGUAUCAAUCUAAGCGUGGUUAUAUAGGGCUUGAGUACUACGGUCGUACUGUCAGCAUUAAAAUCCUUCCAGUUGGUAUUCACAUGGGCCAGCUUUGCUCCGUGCUGGAUCUUCCAGAAACAGAGCUUAAGGUGGCACAGUUACGGGAUAAGUUUCAGGGUCAGACUGUCUUGCUUGGGGUGGAUGACAUGGAUAUUUUCAAAGGCAUAAGCUUAAAGCUUCUAGCCUUUGAGCAGUUGCUUACUCACCAUUCUGAUAAACGAGGUAAAGUUGUUAUGGUUCAGAUAGCUAAUCCUGCUAGAGGCCGGGGGAAAGAUGUUCAGGAGGUUCGCUCAGAAACUAACACCAUUGUUGCAAGAAUCAACCGCACCUUUGGAAAACCAGGAUAUGAGCCAGUAGUCUUGGUUGAUACCUAUCUUCACUUCUAUGAGCGUAUUGCAUACUAUAUAAUUGCUGAGUGUUGUCUAGUCACUGCUGUAAGAGACGGGAUGAAUUUGAUACCUUAUGAGUACAUUGUGUGCAGGCAAGGAACGGAUAAGUUGGACAAAACAUUGAACUUGAAUCCGUCAUCACCAAAGAAGAGUAUGUUAGUGGUUUCUGAAUUCAUUGGGUGCUCACCAUCUCUUAGUGGUGCAAUUAGGGUUAACCCUUGGAACAUUGAUUCUGUUGAGGAAGCUAUGGAUUCAGCUCUCAUUGUUCCGGAGCCAGAGAAGCAAAUGCGGCAUGAUAAGCACUACAAGUAUGUAAGUACCCAUGAUGUUGCCUAUUGGGCUCACAGCUUUUUUCAAGAUCUCGAAAGAGCAUGUAGGGAUCACAUAAGGAGAAGAUGCUGGGGUAUUGGUUUUGGGUUAGGAUUUCGUGUUAUUGCCUUGGAUCCGAGUUUCAGGAAGCUGUCAGUCGAGCACCUUGUGUCUGCAUACAAAAGGACUAAGAACCGCGCUAUUCUUUUGGACUAUGAUGGCACAAUGACAUCACAGGGUACUCCUGACGCAGCUCCAGAUGCUGAGGCUAUUGAAAUUCUGAAUAAACUCUGCAGAGAUGCCAAGAACACAGUCUUUGUGGUAAGUGGGAAAAAUAAAGAGAUCUUAACACGAUGGUUUACUUCCUGUGAAAACCUAGGAAUUGGAGCAGAGCAUGGGUAUUUUGUGAGGGCACAAAACCAGCCGAACUGGGAAACUUGUUUUCCUGCACAAGAUUUUUACUGGAAGCAGAUUGCCGAACCUGUAAUGCAGCUAUACACAGAAACAACAGAUGGUUCUUUCAUAGAAGCAAAAGAGAGUGCACUCGUCUGGAAUUACCAGCUUGCAGAUCCAGAUUUUGGCUCAUGUCAGGCUAAGGAACUUCAUGAUCACCUCGAGAGUGUUCUGGCAAACGAACCUGUUUCUGUCAAGAGUGGCCAGCACAUUGUUGAAGUAAAGCCCCAGGGGGUCAACAAAGGCGUUGUAGCUGAGAGGAUUCUAGCAAUGACACGCAAAAAGGAAGUGCUUCCCGAUUUUGUGCUGUGCAUAGGUGAUGACCGGUCUGAUGAGGACAUGUUUGAGGUGAUCAUGAGUGCCAAGGACGAUGGUUCCCUCUCUCCGGUGGCUGAAGUGUUUGCAUGCACAGUUGGGCAGAAGCCGAGCAAGGCCAAGUACUACUUAGAGGAUACCACGGAGAUCUUGAGAAUGUUCGAGAACCUUGCAGAUGCAUCUGAGCAGACCUCUAAAACUGUUUCCUUUUCUCCACAACAGCUAGUCAUCAAUCAAGUAUGAAGUAGAACAGCAUUUAUUUGCUUGUGUUGGCUUACUGCAAAAAGUUCCAUAUGAUGGAUGUUUCUCAUAACUAGCUUUAAUAGUUUUAUGUAAAUUACUUUCGAUUCCUCCGGAUUAUAGAAUUAGAGUUGUAGUCAAGUAACGUAUUGAAGCAUGAUAUGGAUACUAUUCCACCUCAUCUAAUUUUAUUCAUGAAUCUAGAAUACUUUAUUUGAAUUUUUCUUUA